GAUGAUGGUAUCAUGCAGUUCUUUCAUUGGAUGGGAGUCGAGAAAGACAAGAGUAAGAGGAAUUUGAAUGGGCUGAAUUUUCUGUAGUCAGGACACCAAGUCAGAUCAUUUGGUUCAAUUCUUCGUGAAAUGAAGAAUCAAGUUUAGUUCUUGCGGAACUCUUAAGAAUACCCCAAACGCGGCCUAAACAUGGAUAAAUUAAACAAGAAGAAGAAUUAAAAAAAGAAAUAGAGAACUUCAUGAUUUAGCAUUAUACUUAUUAGUGGCCCCAAAGUAUCAAUUUCUUUUUAAUUGAAAGGGAUUUGAGAGUAAGUGGUCCCGUGAGAGACAGGAGAGACAGGACUAGACUUCUUGGAACCACACCAAAAAUUAUUGACCCAGAUAAAUAGGAAAAACAAUUACAGGGCAAAAGAUAUAAUAAAAUAAAAAUAUGGACAUUACUGAAGCAGAGAUGGGGAUAUAUAUGGAUUGACUUCCUUCUUAGAACCCCUUUCUACUUUUAAAUCAUCGACUCACAACAGGGAAAUAGCACCCGGGCUCUCUUUAGUCUGUUUUAAUAUCACCCAUUUGGUACUUGAGAAAAACUAACUAAAUUAUGGACCCUGAAGAGAGGCUAUGUGCAGAUACAUGGACAAAGUCUUCAUCGGGCUGUGAAUCACUCAACACGCCUCCAAACAUUAGAAUUUUCACCGAUUUUAAUUCACAACAGCAGAAGUGGGCAAAUUCAUCAUUUCUGGUUCAGCAACAUUUUCCUGAUUUCAAUCAACCAUUUGGAGCUCAAAAUACCCUUUCUUGUAACGUGAAUACCCAGAAGCAAAUGAGUGAUCCUCAAGAUAAGCCGACAUGUGAUGCUCAUGAAUCAAGUAAUACGCAAGAUUGGGAUCCAAGAGCAAUGCUGAACAAUCUCUCGUUCCUGGAGACGAAGAUUCAUCAGCUUCAGGAUCUGGUGCAUUUAAUUGUUGAGCGUAGAGGUCAAGUUACAGGUCGAGCAGAUCAAGUUUUGGUGCUGCAGCAGCAGCUUAUUACUGCUGAUCUCACUUCAAUUAUAGUUCAACUAAUAUCUACUGCAGGGAGUCUUCUACCAUCUGUAACGCAAACCCUUUGCUCUGGAAGUUCAAUUAGCCAGCUGGGGCAAUUUGCUGGAGUAACGAAUCAGUCAGCGGGAGUUUUAGAUAAUGUUCCUCCGCACAAUAACAAUGUGAACAAGGUGGAAGAUAACUCUGAUUUAACAGGUUAUUUUGGGGCUGAACAGAACUGCCCCAUUGAAGACCAUGAAAUGAAAAGUGAUGAUGAUGCUGAUGAAGGAGAGAACUUGCCUCCUGGUUCAUAUGAAAUUCUGCAACUUGAGAAGGAAGAGAUCCUUGCACCUCACACCCAUUUUUGCACGAUAUGUGGAAAAGGAUUCAAGAGAGAUGCCAAUUUGCGGAUGCACAUGAGAGGUCAUGGUGAUGAGUACAAAACGCCGGCUGCUCUUGCAAAGCCCAAUAAGGAAUCCAGCUCUGAGCUAAUUCUUAUCAAGAGGUAUUCCUGCCCUUAUGUUGGCUGCAAGCGCAACAAGGAUCAUAAGAAGUUUCAACCUCUAAAAACAAUCUUAUGUGUGAAAAAUCAUUAUAAGAGAACCCAUUGUGACAAGACUUACACUUGCAGCCGCUGCAAUACGAAGAAAUUUUCAGUCAUUGCAGAUCUGAAAACACAUGAAAAGCAUUGCGGCCGAGAUAAAUGGCUUUGCUCCUGCGGUACAACCUUCUCCAGGAAAGAUAAACUUUUUGGUCAUAUUGCCCUUUUCCAAGGCCACACCCCUGCUAUUCCUAUCGAAGAAUCUAAAGGAUCUGCUGGUCCAUCUGAUCGAGGACAGUGCAGUGAAGCAACAAAUAAAGUUGAACAACUGGAAUUCAACUAUAAGUUGGAUGCUCCAAGUCGAAGUGCAUGUCAAAAUGUCAUGGAUGUGGAAGGGGCUGGGGAGGAUCCUACAAGUUAUUUCUCACCUUUGGGUUUUGACACAAGUAGCAUGAGUGGAUUCCACGAAUUUCCUCGACCUCCAUUUGAAGACUCAGAAAAUUCAUUCUCUUUUCUGCUUUCUGGGGCUUGUUACCCUCCAAAGAAUGGGAGAUAUACUGGCUCAAAUGAUCUGGAGUAGGGUGAUUCUGGUUCUGUUGUCAUUCUUUCUGGGCCAUUGUUAUUUUGUACGCAUGGGCUAGUUCAUUGACAUCAAAUAAAAUUUUCUUUAACAGCAUGUACCUUAGAACAUCAUUUCAUGAUAAUUUAUUUCCCUUUUCAUUCUAA